UAAAUAUGAAUAAUUACUAUUCUGAACAUUAAUGAAAGUAAUCUGAUCUAUCUAAUGAAACAUAUUAUUUAAUUGUUCAUAUUUGCAUAAAUUAUAUGCCAUCUUCAUAAAAGACUAUAACUGGUAUUGCUUUCAUAAAAUCAAACCUCUCCCUUCGCCCUGGGGCCCCCUUCCUGGUCAGACGGCGGGCAAGAGGUCUGGGUGUGCACAGUCCUCGAACCCACAAGCGAGCAGAUCCUCCGCGCCUCUCAGGACUCCGGUCCACGCCAUGGCGGAUUCCGAGCGCCUCUCGGCCCCCGGCUGCCGGGCCGCCUGAUCCAAAUUCUCACACACCCGACAGGGAAUUCUCCUGUUUGCUGAAAUUAUAUUGUGCCUGGUGAUUCUGAUCUGCUUCAGUGCCUCAACAUCUGGAUACUCCUCCUUGUCGGUGAUAGAGAUGAUCUUUGCUGCUCUCUUCUUUGUCGUCUACAUGUGUGACCUGCACACCAAGAUACAGAUCAUCAACUGGCCUUGGAGUGAUUUCUUGCGAACCCUCGUAGCGGUCAUCCUCUACCUGAUCACCUCCAUUGUUGUACUUGUUGAGAGAGGUAACCACUCCAAAAUCGUCGCAGGGGUACUGGGCCUAAUCCCUGCAUGCCUCUUUGGCUAUGAUGCCUACAUUACCUUCCCCUUGCGGCAGCAAAGACAUACAGCAGCCCCUAGUGAUCCUGCAGAUGGCCCAAUGUAGGUGAACUCCCUUCAUUUCUCUCAGCAACCUGCAAAUAACACUGCCGUCGAAAUAAUUCCUCCCAGUCCACAACUGAGGUAAAAGUACCUUUAUCGAGAAAAUUUGUCUUCCAGCCUGCCAAUCAACUCCUCUGGGUAUGGCCACCUUUAUGGGUGUGCCUAGGUUCCCCUUCCUUCUGCAGUAUCCAAACGGAGACACCAGUUCUGCCUGGACAAUACCCCCACCUAAGCCACAAAAUGAUGGAAGAGGGUGCCUCAGGUUUCAAGACUCCAGGCCCCAGCUUGUAACCCAUUCCAAACAACCUCCUCAGUGUCCGUGUGGGAGUGGGGUGGGGGGGGUAUGGGUGUGUGGGGGGGGAAGGGGGCUCUGUGGAGGAAUAAAUAAACAAUAAGCAGAUUAUUAGGGGGAAAAAUAAAUCAAACCUCUCUAAGUUUCUUAUUCUGCCAGAUCUCAAAUUUUUAAAUCCUCAAAAUUUUCACAGUUUUCUGUUACAUGUUGUUAAAUCACUUCUAAAUACACAAACAGUAAACGGCAAAGUUCUUCAAUUUAACUAGACACCACAUGCAAUCAACCCGCUACGCCUACCAAGAACAGAGCUUAUCAAUGGUCAGCUAACUUCCACCCAUCCAUCCAAUCUUCUUCUCCCUUAUUUGAAAAGUCCACUGCAUAGCCGUUAAUUUUCACGUAGAGACUUUGUGAAAGAAGGAAAUUAUAGCUGUCAUGAUGGGAUGGACAGCAAUUACUACCAAGUAAGGUCUAUGAAAAUGAGGCCAAGGAUUGUAUCACUGCCUACUGGAUUCUAAACGCUUUACAUGGGAGGGAUCCAGGUAGGACAGUAGAAAUGAGAUAAGGUUCCUUAGGUCAAUUCUUCAUUUUACCUCACCAACUCUGUGUAUACAUGAAUACAUAUUUAUCUUUAGGGCCAAACAUACACAUAGUUUAAU